CUUCCGCCGUCUUGUGUCGGCUGUUUUGAUUGGACAAAAUGGUCACAUGUCAUAGAUUGUUUACAAUGGAGACAGGUUGAAUGUGGCAGGCAAAUAUAAAAUGUCAGCUCUCGAACUCACAGGCAGCAGGCCACCGUCAGCCGGCCCUCGUCCGUCAUCUAGAACGUCAAACCGGCCUCGUUCUGGGUACAAGGUUCUCGCAGAUAAAUCUAGUGUAGAUGAACUUCUUUUUGGUUCUCAUCAUCCAAGACAUGAGGAUGAGGUGACAUUUAAAUCUCCUUGGUCUACACCACAAAGAGAAAGUAAAAGUGAUAAAGAAAGGCUGUUUUCAAAGAAACCCAAAAUGCGACCAAUGCUGUGGGCUCCAGAUUCAAGGACAUCAGUUACUAGUCACUCUGACCGCAAAGGUUUUAAAGGCUCAACUAGAAGUAGCAAUCAUCAUAAUGAUUUAGACAAGUACAGGCCUGUAAAACAAACACCAUCAUUCUGUGAUGAAACUUUGUUUGGUCAUAGGUUAGAGGAGCCGUCUUUUGAAGCGCCCUGGGCUGAGAAAACUAAGAAAGUAAAACCAUACUUAUUUUCACCUGUUGACUAUUCAAAGUUAACCAGAGAGCAAUCAACCAUGAGUGCUAAGUAUUCCUCAACUGGUACGAUGGAUGGACGGCCACCGUCUCGUCAAGGCCGCAGGCCAGUGACUGCGACAACUAGACCUGUCACUGUUGAAUCCUCAUAUGAUAUUGCAAUAAAACCAACUUGGAAACCAUAAAAACAUUUAAAACAUUGCAGACAGAGAAAUGAAAUGGAACUGUAGCUGUGGAAUCCUCACAUAAUAUUGCAACAAUACCUACUUGGAAACUGUUGCAAAAAGUUUCAAAAUGAAUUGUUAAUUGGUGCCUAAAAAAAUAUCUAACGUUUCAUCUAUAUACAUUUAUAUAUAUAAUAAUGUUAUAACUGGAUAGAUAUAUAAAAGAUGCUGAACCCUUGUACAUCUAAAUGGGACACUGCUUAGUGCUGUUAGCACAAUGAAUGCAGGGCCAAGUUACACAUUUUAGAAAAGUUAACUGUAGCAGAUUUUAGCUUGUAUAUAUAUCCUUAUAUUGUUAAUGUUUUAAAUAUUGUUGUUAGAUAUCAUUUUAAGAUAAAUUAACUGUUAUUUAUAUAUAUGUUAUUAAUAUUGUAAAGGUGUGUGACAUUGUGUAACGUUUUGAUGGCAUUAUAUCUGAAGGCAUUCAUCUCGUUUAAAUGUAAUCUAAGGUAGCAUCAAAUGCACUUUAUAAUAUCAUCAUAAUAUUUCGACCUUCAUACCAAUGGGGUGUUGUAAAGUAUAGUAAGACACAUCAAUAUAUUCAGUGAAAUAUAGAGUUUUGGCCAGGUCAUAAAAGAACAAGUUGCUGCAAAAAGGGACAGGAUGCUCAAAAGAUAACUUAUAAGGGCUUAUUGUAUCAAGCUAUGAACAACUAAUUCAUUAGGAAUUUGACAGAAAAUGUAGUGCUUAAUUUAAGUUAUAUUAGGUUUUAACUGGUAAAUACGCAGCAUUUGUAUGUAUUUAUAACCAUAUUAUUAAGUUUUAAUGAACACAAAAGAAAUAUUUGGGUACCAUUUAGCAUUUAAUUCUAUGAGGGCCGGAGGGAUCCCAUGCUGGUCUCCAUUAGCAGGGUUGUCAUUAUUUUUUGAUUGAACCGUCUCAAAUAAUUAAGAAACCAAAAAAAAAUGAAGAAACCAACCAGCUACUACUUAUUCUAAUUAAAAUUCACUUAUUUUACCAAAUUUGUACUAGCCAAAUUGCAAUUUAAACUGUCCAUUUUGGCAAUCAGGCUUUUCUUGUUGAAAACUUUGCAUGAGGACAGAAGGGUGCUACCAAAAAUGGACAGGGUACAGCAGCGUUCGAUAGCUCUAGCUGAAACACUAAUCAAGUACAAUGUAAGUUAGUAUCGAACAAUGCAUUGAAUGUUCUACCUGCUACUUGAACUCAGGAUAAACUUUGUUAUAACUGGCUAGAAUGGUUAGUCAAACAAGCGGUCUAAAAGUUCAGUUUAUGUAUGUAAAUUAUAAUCACUAUUUAAUAAGAAUAAUGAACUUUUGAAAUGAUUGUAUAUCACGCUCGUUGAUUUGAAUGGGAUAUUUGUAUUGGAACAAUUUGUUACAGAUACUGUCAUGCUCAAAUUUUAGGGAGCAUUUAAUUAUGUAGUGAAAUAUAUUUGUAUUUAUUUUACAAAUAUUCAAAUUAUUUAUAUAUUGAUUGAUUUAUAACAGAUUCUUUACUUUUACUAACAAGAUAUUUUUAAUAGUGUUAUGUUAUGUUAACAUGUUAAACUACAAUUGUUAAAAUCAUACUUGUUUGAAGAAAAAGAAAUGCAUUUAAAUUACUGUAUUCAUCAAAAAAUAAGUUUGUAUGAUAUAAUGUAGUCUGUAACAAAGUCAGGCCACAAUUUAUAAAAAAGUUUGUUUGAUGUUUUCUAACAAACUCACAUACAAAAAUACCUGUGACCUCUGUUGUUUCAUAAUAAUUUUUUAAAGAAACACAAAUACCUGCCACCCAAAGAUUUUUUUAGUCUCUCUGCUGGUCGUAAUUAUUAAAAAAGAUAUGAAACAAAAAAUUGUCUUUGCCUUUUUAUUGAACUAAAAGGCUAGGAAAUUAAGUGCACACACACAGACUUAAUAAAUCUAUAUUCCUACCCGCACUUAAAAAUGUUGAUGGAAGACUUAAAACAAGCUAAUAAUUAAUUUUAGCCUGUUAAUGAAAAAAAAUGUCUCAUUCACUCAAUCUCGCACUUUGUACCUAUUUUUAUUAUUAUUUUUUUCACAAGACAAAUUAUGUAUUAUUUUUUCACUUGAAAACAUGAAUUUUGAAAGUUGAGUUGUUACACAUGUUUAUCUCAUCUUUUUACAUAUUGUAUUUGAAUAUAGAUAUAUUUGAAAAUAAAGUACU